AUUUCAAACAAGUAAUCCGGGUACCGUUAACUGAGUGUCACUUUCAUCGUACAUCUGCCAGUGUCAGCUAUGUCCGGCAAUUUGGUUCUUAUCGUGGUGCUGUGUGCUGUUGGGUUCACUUCGUCUGGAACUGCGCAAGCAAUCUCGCAGUAUGACGUUUCACCUUCGCUAUCGGAAAGCCAAAGCAAUUGGGACGCGCUAGGGGGGCUCUACGCUCUGUUAGCGCAACACGAUGCUUUGGGCGGGCAUGCUCUUGCGCGCAAAUCCGUUAGAUCGCCAUCAAGACGCCUGCGCUUCGGCCGCCGAUCUGACCCUGACAUGCCACCUCAAGCACCAUUGGAUGAAAUGGAUGAGCUUCUUUCCCUGCGUGAAGUUCGCACCCCUGUGCGUCUACGUUUUGGCCGACGUUCUGAUGAACGUGUUGUUCCACACAUCUUUCCCCAAGAGGAGCAAGACCGCGCCGUGAGAGCACCCUCAAUGAGGCUUCGCUUCGGCCGACGAUCAGAUAACAACAUGUUUUUACUUCCAUAUGAGUCGGCCAUACCCAAGGAAGUGAAAGCAAGCAGCUCAAUUGAAGACGACAGGCAACAGAAUUAAACCGAAAGAGAAAUAACCAUAUCUCCGCUCCAAAUAAAAUUGUCAAUCUCUUAAUAUAAGAAAGUAAUGAUUUAUUGAUCUACAAUUUUAAGUGUCUCUUUAAUCAAUUUAGAUGUUAUUUCAUUAAUCUUAAGCUUUGUGUACAUAAUCGUAUAGAUAUUGUUAAUAAUGUUACUUGUAGAGCAAAUUUAUUUUAUUGCUUUUCUACGCAAUAAUACGGGUAAACAAUUUUUUUUGCUAAGUAUACAAAGACUGUCUUUUAGUUUGUAAAAAGUGACGAUUUUUACAUUUAUAGAGCUGGGCAAUGUAAAAAUUCCUCACUUCACUUUUUACCUUCUAGCUUUUUGAACUCAAAUUUUUGUAUAGUUUAGUAAG